AUGGUUGAUUACACUGACGAUCCUAUAUCCGUGUCUAGGAUUGCUAAGGUCAGGGUUUAUGCCUCUCGUAAGGUUCGUGAGAGGCGGUAUGAGAAGUCAAUCGAGUCUGGUUUGGGUUUGGGUCCUGGACACUCUGCUCACCAUGCUUUGGAACGCAUGGACAACAGUCCAGCCCCUCGCGGAACCGCAUAA